GGAAGCUGCCGUGAACUUGCAUUCCGCUGUUUCAAUCACGAACGACACAUCUGUGUGUGUAUAUAUAUGCCAUGAUUUCGCAGACCAGAAUGAAGGCUCUUUCCCCUUCUUCGCCAACUUUCCAUCAGACUGCAAAGAUUUCUCACCUUUAAUACUCCUGUUCAGGCAGAACCACCCACCGCCAUGUCAGACGGUCAGUACUGCAGCAUACUGCUUCUCAACGUCAGCGGCACCGCCCUCACCGAAGCCCAAAAACGGUGGCGCCGCCUAUAUGUCAUAAUCUAUUUUUCCCAAGCCAUGCUUUCCAUUGCAAGAAAGAGAAUAUACAACAAGAAACAUGGAUGUAAAGACCUCUCCUGCAAGUCGCUAGCUCCUUCCUGUUCUGUUAUUGAUAUUGAGCCAACCGAACUUACAGACAUGGUGAAGAACAGAGACUCAGAAGCUCUUGGAGGAUUUGGAGGAGUUGAAAGAACAACGGCUGUGCUCGGAACCAACCGAGAGAAGGGAAUCCCCAGCACUAUGCUUUUAAAGCAGGAUCUUUGCAAACACAAAUCAUACCGAUUACCAACAAAGAAAAAGAACAAACUUCGGAAACCCUUGACUGCCUCCAUUGCAAGAAAGAGAAUAUACAACAAGAAACAUGGAUGUAAAGACCUCUCCGGCAAGUCGCUAGCUCCUUCCUGUUCUGUUGUUGAUAUUAAGCCAACAGAACUUACAGACAUGUUGAAGAACAAAGACUCAGAAGCUCUUCGAGGAUUUGGAGGAGUUGAAAGAAUAACGGCUGUGCUCGAAACCGACCGAGAGAAUGGAAUCCCGGGAGACGAAAACGAUGUCAACCAAAGGAGCGAGUUGUUUGGUUCCAACACUUACAUCAAGCCCCCGGCUAAAGGGAUCUUUUAUUUUGUGAAAGAUGCUUUCAAAGACACCACAAUUCUUAUCCUACUGGUCUGUGCCGCGCUCUCUCUGGGCUUUGGCAUUGCAGACCACGGAGUGCAAGAAGGCUGGUACGAAGGCGGGAGUAUAUUUGUGGCUAUCUUUCUGGUUAUUGUCGUCACUGCUCUCAGCAACUUUAGGCAAGAGAGGCAAUUUGAGAAGCUCUCGACAGUGAGCAACAAUAUCAAAAUUGACGUCAUUCGAGGUGGCAGACGCCAGCAGAAAUCCAUCUUUGAAAUUGUGGUUGGGGAUGUUGUCAUUUUGAAGAUUGGAGAUCAAAUCCCGGCAGAUGGGUUGUUACUAGACGGCCAUUCCCUGCAAGUGGAUGAGUCGAGCAUGACUGGAGAAAGUGAGCACGUGGAAGUCGAAGCCAUCAGAAACCCAUUUUUGUUUUCAGGUUCCAAAGUCGUCGAUGGAUACGGGCGAAUGCUGGUGACAUCGGUGGGGAUGAACACAACUUGGGGGGAGAUGAUGAGCUCAAUAAGCCGCGAUUCAAAUGAAAGAACACCAUUACAGGAUCGCCUGGACAAACUGACAUCAUAUAUUGGAAAGCUAGGCCUCAUCGUGGCUUUACUGGUUCUAGCAGUAUUGUUUAUUCGUUAUUUCACUGGGAAUAUGAAUAAGGAUAGUGAAAUGGGAGAGUUCAAACCUGGGAGUACAAAAAUAAACGAUGUAUUGAACUCAGUUGUGAAAAUGGUGGCGGCAGCCAUCACUAUUGUGGUGGUGGCAAUUCCUGAAGGAUUGCCUUUGGCAGUAACGCUCGCACUUGCUUACUCUAUGAAAAGAAUGAUGGCCGAUCAGGCAAUGGUAAGGAAACUUUCAGCCUGUGAGACAAUGGGUUCAGCUAAUAUCAUAUGUACAGAUAAAACAGGUACUUUGACAUUAAACCAGAUGACAGUGACCCAGUUUUGGGUGGGGCAAGAUGCCAUGGAAGGAAAUCCUUCCAAACUAAUUGACCCUAAUGUUCUUGAAUUGUUACACCAAGGAGUGGGUUUGAACACAACCGGUAGUGUUUACAAACAGGUCUCCGAAUCAAAACUGGAGUUUUCAGGUAGUCCAACGGAGAAGGCUAUCCUGUCUUGGGCUGUCCUGGAAUUGGGUAUGGAUGUUGAGAAUUUGAAGCAAUCUUACACUAUUCUCCAUGUUGAAACCUUCAAUUCAGAGAAGAGAAGAAGUGGGGUUUUGCUUAGAGUGAAAGCAAAAAACAGCAUCCAUGUGCAUUGGAAGGGAGCAGCAGAGAUGGUGCUGGCCAUGUGCUGUAGUUAUUAUGAGAGUGAUGGGAAGAUAAAGAUCAUGGACGAAGAUAAACGGGUGCAAAUAGAGAAGGUAAUCCAAGGCAUGGCAGCAAGCAGCCUCCGUUGUAUUGCCUUUGCUCAUAAAGAAAUUCUAGAGAAGAGGGAAAUGGAAUGCAACAAGGAAGGACUGACCAACCAAUUGCUCGAAGAAGAUGGCUUGACCUUGCUAGGGAUCAUUGGUCUCAAGGAUCCAUGUCGACGGGGGGUCAAGGAAGCUGUAGAUACCUGCAGAGAAGCCGGAGUUCAAAUAAAAAUGAUCACUGGAGACAAUAUAUUCACAGCAAAAGCCAUAGCCACGGAAUGUGGGAUACUUGGCCCAGAUCAAAAUGGCAGCAUAGUUGUAGAAGGUGUCGAAUUCCGAAACUAUACGCACGAAGAAAGAAUGAAAAAAGUUGACGAUAUCUGUGUGAUGGCAAGGUCCUCCCCAUUCGACAAGCUUUUAAUGGUACAGUGCUUGAAACAGAAGGGCAAGGUGGUUGCAGUCACCGGAGAUGGCACAAAUGAUGCACCUGCACUAAAAGAAGCAGACAUAGGACUUUCCAUGGGCAUCCAAGGCACAGAGGUGGCCAAGGAAAGUUCAGAUAUUGUCAUUCUAGAUGAUAAUUUCAAUUCUGUUGUCACCGUUUUGAGAUGGGGUCGCUGUGUUUAUAACAAUAUCCAGAAAUUCAUCCAAUUUCAACUCACUGUGAAUGUUGCAGCACUUGUCUUCAACUUCAUUGCAGCAGUUUCCGCAGGUGAUGUUCCCUUAACUGCAGUACAAUUGUUAUGGGUAAACCUCAUUAUGGACACCUUAGGCGCACUCGCACUUGCUACAGAUCGACCAACAAAUGAGCUAAUGGACAAGAAACCAGUGGGGCGGACUGAACCCCUCAUAACAAAUGUUAUGUGGAGGAACCUUUUGGCUCAAGCUCUGUACCAGGUAGUCAUAUUGUUGACGUUGCAGUUCCAUGGUAAAUCGAUGUUUCAUGUGCGUGAUGAGGUAAAGGACACCAUGAUCUUCAACACUUUUGUCCUCUGCCAAGUAUUCAACGAGUUUAAUUCAAGGAAGUUAGAGAAGAAAAACGUGUUCGCUGGCAUUCACAGGAACAAGUUGUUUCUCGGGAUUGUUGGUACAACAAUUCUUCUUCAGGUUGUGAUGGUGGAGUUCCUAAAGAAGUUUGCAGAUACAGAGAAUUUGAAUAUCCAGCAAUGGGCAGCUUGUAUUAUAAUUGCAGCUCUAUCAUGGCCAAUUGGUUGCAUAGUAAAGUUAAUUCCAGUCUCAGAAAAACCAUUUCUCAGUUACCUCCAGCGAUAAGAAGUCAUUUUUGUAAAGGUUUUCUGCCGUCCCCUAGGGCAAAUCUGUUAGACCUGUUAGGAUGCCUCAGCUGCAUAAUUUCUUUUUUUUUUUUUAAGGCUUUACCCUGGGUUAGAGGGAGCCCUUCCAGAAAUUCUCAAAGGCCUGGGCCAAACCCAGGCCUUUGAGGGGUUUUGGAAAUAGUUUUCAACCAGCAAUUGACGCCUCAGUUAAUACCUCACUAGCUGCGUCCUUGCCCCCCAGCACAAAGAUGCCUCAGCUGCAUACAUCACAGAACUUCUACUUAACACCUAUCGUAAUGAUAAACGGCUCAUCUCGCAUUGAUCUUCUCUUGAAUUCUCAAAAUUUCUGUCGCUCCAUUCCCGCAGGGGCAGAGAGCAUGACAAUGGAAGUCUCAAGUUUGAACUUUAGAAGAGGUAGAACAGAGCAUGAGAUGGGAAAUGAGCUACCCCCAUUCUGCAGCCCAGGCUGAAAAUGGAUCAAACGAAAUAAAGGUUAGCUACCCAACACAACCCACAAUCGCCUGGCUUGGAACUGAUUGUAUGAACCAGCAAGGUCUAGUCACAAAUUAAUAUAUAUAUAUAUAUAUAUAUAUAUACACAUAGCUUUAAGCUGAGCUGAAUUGUCUAUUAUAAUUUUGCGCAUACCAUAUAUGAGGAGCAAAAACAAAUGUAUUCCCAUAGUUUAAUGAAUUGUUGUUUACUCACAACUUAUCCGAAGGAAAUUUUUUCCUUCGACCUGAUCAAGUAUUUGGGAGCAUGUACUUCAGGACUUAACUAAAUUUGUGCAGAUUGAGAAUAAAGUUAAUACAAUUUUAUAUUACAUUUCUUUUAAA